AUGACUCACGGGAAUAGCUCGCGGAGCAAGAAGCGUUCUAGUGCGGCUGUCGUUCGAGAAGAUGGACAGUCUCAGGACGAAGCGAUCAAGAGACGACGCAAUCGACUGUCGCAGCGCUCCUUCCGAGAGCGACGACUUGCAUACAUCAACGAGCUUGAGGAAAAGUCACGUCGAGCUUCUCAGACAGAGAGCGAGCGUAACAAAGCCCUCUCCGAUGAAAAUGUCGAACUCCGCAACUCCUAUCUCAAGCUCCGCAAAAAGGUACUCGGCGUCAUCUGUACGCUGCAAGAGAUCAGCGAAGAGGCCGGUAAACGCUUGAAUCUCAAUACGAAUCAGACCGCAACUGAGUCAGCUGAUUUCGAAUUCAGCAUCAAUGAGUCUCAAUUCCUUGAUAUGCCUGAACAGGAUGAAGGCGUAUUUUCAAGGCCUUGUGGAGCACAAACAGACACAAACAAACAAUCUUCCACGUAUUCCAACAACGACAUUCAACCUGACUCUGUUGAUAUCAUGUUCACCGAGAGUUCAGAUGACUGCAGCGACCCAGCUGCCGUGUGCGGUGGAAAAUCAACGGAAAUACCAAAUAGCACCAUCCCUCCUGAGGGCAACGCUUCGGAGUCCUUUUUUGACCAUACAAAAGCAACCAUCCUUCCUGACACACAGACCGAGGCUGGCUGCUUUGCGACGGGAGACCACAUUGAUCCCGGAGUUGGAAAUGUUUCCGGCCCUCAUAUCCCACCAAGCGAAGAAACUCAUCAGAAUGCUGGUCCGAGAUGGCAGAUGCAUACAUAUUGCUAUGGCCCUAACUCCACUCCUGAUAUUUGGAAGCAAAGUCCACUGAUUUGCCAGAUUCCACCAGCAUCGCAACUUGGCAAUCCCUUGCAACGGACAAUCACUGGGUCUCUGUUCCUGGAACAUGUAGAAAUGUUGGAAACCCUCGUGUACCAAAAGUUUUUACAAUUGGAGGACCCAAACUCUGAUGACAGAGCGUCUGAAGUGAUAGGGACAGCUGUUACACUCUUCCACGAUUACGCAUGGGAAGGCACAGCCAGAUUUUGGGGCAGCUCUCAGGCUCGGAGCAUUCUCGAAGCUAUUCUCGCGUGGCGUUGCAUGCCCAACAGUGCCACUUUAGCAAAGCUACCAUUAGCCUGGAGACCAACACCAUUGCAGCUUUACACGCCUCACUCUUGCAUCAUCGAUUGGUUCCCGCAUGCUGGCUUGCGGGACGCCUUGAUCUUGAACCACAACAAUAGCCCAAUUCUCGAUGAGCUUUUCUGGGACUGCAUGGACUGUUGGGUCGUAACGGUCGAAGAUAUGUCCACUGUCCUUGCUGAUGCUGACCCCGGCAAAGGUUUUAUCGGACUUUGGAACAUCAUCGAAGCCAUGGAUAGCUCACGAACUUCAAACAACCCGGAUUCUCCACCUGUUUCGCCUUUCUCGCAUUGGAGCACUAGCACUGUCCCCGGGGCACCGCCAUUUUUCUUCUCUAAAACGGCAGCGGCCCAUGGUGAUAGCAACAACGGUUCCGACGAUCCUCUGCACGGAUUAAUGGGUAAAUCGUGUGAAAAGCAGAGCUCGGGAUGGACUCCGAUGCCCCUUGAUUUCAUCCUUGGUCGGAAAGACUUAGCUAGAGAUUUAUUCUACCACCUAAAUAUGCAAGAUACUGUUUCCAACUGGCGAUUCGACGCCUAUCUCUUUGAAAAGUACCCGGAGCUCAAGUAUCCAGGAUAUGAAAGUCUCGUGGCGAAUGGAAAGUCCUUCCGCAGACCAGCACGGAAAGUCGGUCCGACAAAGAUGAACAGCAGGAUCAUCAGCCUCUACCAAAGGGCCAUCUUGGGGAACGGUGUUCAGCUGGCGACUUUGAUCAAUCAGCCUGCAAACAAUUUUGGUCGAUGA